AUGUCUGAAACCUUACAAUCAAGUGAUAUUUCUAAACAAGAAAAUUCUGCCUCUGAAGAAAAACCUAAGCCAUGUUGUGUCUGCACGGAACAGAAAGAAGAGCGUGAUCAAUGUAUCUUGUUUAAUGGUCAAGAGUCUACCAAGUGUACAGAAUUUAUUAAUAAGUACAAAGAAUGUAUGAAAGGGUACGGCUUCGAGAUAUAA